AUGUCCUACUUCUUCUCCACCCCCGUCGACAUCGACAUCGUGCUCGAGGAUGCCGACGACCGCCAGAUGGUCGACGUCAAGCUCGACAAGAACAGGCGCGAGAAGGCCCCCCUCUACAUGGACGGCGAGUCCGUCAAGGGCGCCGUCACCAUCAGACCCAAGGACGGCAAGCGCCUGGAGCACACCGGCAUCAAGGUCCAGUUCAUCGGCACCAUAGAAAUGUUCUUCGACCGCGGGAACCAUUACGAGUUCCUGACCCUCAACCAGGAGCUCGCCGCCCCCGGCGAGCUGCAGCACCCCCAGACCUUUGACUUCAACUUCAAGAACGUCGAGAAGCAGUACGAGUCCUACAACGGCAUCAACGUCAAGCUGCGCUACCUGGUGCGCGUCACCGUCUCGCGCCGCAUGGCCGACGUCAUCCGCGAGAAGGACAUCUGGGUCUACAGCUACCGCAUCCCCCCGGAGAUGAACAGCAGCAUCAAGAUGGACGUCGGCAUCGAGGACUGCCUGCACAUCGAGUUCGAGUACUCCAAGAGCAAGUACCACCUCAAGGACGUCAUCGUCGGCCGCAUCUACUUCCUGCUCGUCCGCCUCAAGAUCAAGCACAUGGAGCUCAGCAUCAUCCGCCGCGAGACCACCGGCGCCGCCCCCAACCAGUACAACGAGAGCGAGACCCUCAUCAUGGACGGCUCCCCCUCCCGCGGCGAGACCAUCCCGAUCCGCCUCUUCCUGGGCGGCUUCGACCUCACCCCGACCUUCCGGGACGUCAACAAGAAGUUCUCGACGCGGUACUACCUCAGCCUGGUGCUCAUCGACGAGGACGCCCGCCGCUACUUCAAGCAGUCCGAGAUCAUCCUGUUCCGCCAGGCACCCGAGGCGUCCAACGGACAGCCGCAGAUCCUCACCGUGCCCGAACCCAUCAUGCCGAAGCCGUUACCCGUCGAGGGCUAG